UCUUCCUUGAAAUAAAUUUUUGGCUGCUCAGCAUUUAGCUGGCACCGCAACUGAAACUACGCAAUGGAUGUCGUCCAAGUGAGCCGCAUUGUGCCCGACGGAGGCUGGGGCUGGGUUAUUGUGGCCGCCGUCGCCGUUAUAAAUAUGACGAAUCAGUCCAUAUUAUCGGUCUUUGGCCUACUUUUCGGUGGAGAACUGCGCAUGCAUGAAAACACAUUCACCGCCGCACUGAUCACAAAUCUAAACAGUUUGGCCUUGAACUUCUCCGGUUUAUUCAUUGGACCGGCCAUCAAAAGCUUUAAGCCACGUAAUGUGGCUGCCACGGGCUGCUUGUUGGUGUUCUUUGGGUUGACGGUGUGCUCCUUUGCCACGGAGAUUUGGCACUUUAUCGUUGGCUAUAGUUUUUUCGUUGGCUUCGGAUUGGGUUUGAUUUCGCCAUCGACAUUUAUGGCCAUCAAUUCGUACUUCAGUAGCAAGCGAGGAUGUGCAGUGGGCGUCUCCUUGGCCGGUACCGGUGUUGGCCAGGUCAUUAUCCCGCACGUGGUGCGCUAUUUUCUACAAAAUUAUGGCUUCCGCAGCGCUGUGCUUGCCAUGGCAGCUUUAUCCUUGACUGGGCUGUUUGGUGCCAUGUUUCUGAAGCCGUUGAAUCCGCCAGUGACGCACAAUAAUCGCAAGCAUAUGCGACUGCUGAUGGAUAAGGAGGAUAAGAAUCAAAACAGCGCAUUGCAGGCAAUUGUUGUUCAGCCUGCUCAAAAAAAGGAUCCCAUGCCGCAAACAGUGUUGGAGCCAUCAAAAGAUGCCUCACUGUGCAGCCGAAUGGGUCAUCGUUUGGCGCAGGCUCUUGACCUGGAACUGCUCAAGGAUAUCGUAUUUUGGAGCAUUAUUGUGGGCAUGGCACUGGUCUACACAUCAACCAUUAAUUUCACCAUGGUCUUCCCUCACUUUCUGGAGCAUACGGCUGGCCUCGACAGCAGCGUGGUCGCCUUCUGCAUGUCCGUUGUGGCUGGCGCUGAUAUCGUCUUUCGGCUGCUGUUGCCCUGCAUAACCGAUCGGUUGAGGAUACCCUAUCGUGUUGUCUUCCUAAUGGGCACAGCCGGCAUGCUAACGUCGCGUCUCUUCCUCGCCGAAACCACCAGUUUGCCGAUCAUUAUUGCCAUGUCUGUGCUAACUGGCAUGACCAAAUCGGCGACAGUCAUCAACAACAAUCUGACAAUAUCGGCGCAUUGUCGUUCCGAGAAACUGGCUGGUGGUUUGGGUCUCAGUAUGAUUGCGAAGGGCGUCAUUGUGAUCCUUGUGGGGCAAAUGCUCGGCUGGAUACGUGAUUAUUCCAAUUCGUAUGUUAUCUGUUUGUAUGCCCAGAAUGUCGUGUUGCUCCUGGUCGUGCUGGUGUGGACACCAGAGAUAUAUUAUCGCUUCAGAAGGCAAAGCCGCAACACAUCCAAAUCCAUAGAGACUACAUAUACGAUGCCAACGGAACAGGCGACGGAAACAUUGCAUUCCCGCUCGUAAACCAAUUAGUUUUAAGUAUUGAAGGACUUAAAAUGAAGAUGUGAUAUAAAUAGGCGUUGUGACAAAAGGGCGCUAUUUUUUUAUCUUAUCUAUGUAUACUCCACUUAGGCUUAAGCUAUAUCGACUAUUUAUUUCCAUAUAGUAAUUAAGAACUUGUCUUUUCUACCUUGUAGCCACCAAAAUGAAAUACACAAUAAGAAUUACAGUUAUAAAAACCAAA